AUGGCUAUAUCAGCAGCACUAUUAAUACUACGCGAGAGCAUCCCCCAAUCACAUUUACAGCUAUUGGCCACUGUCACCUUGGUUGUACCUGUCCUUUAUGUCGCUAUCAAUGAAUUCAUACGUUACUCCGCACGUGUUCCGGGAAUUAGAGGGCCCCAUGGUCUACCAGUGAUUGGAAACCUUGCUCAGAUCCGCAAAAAUGCUGCUGAACAAUACCGGAUAUGGUCAAAGACAUACGGAUCCGUCUAUCAAAUUCAACUGGGUAAUAUUCCAGUUAUCGUGGUCAACUCAGCAGCAGCAGCCAAGGUGCUCUUUGGACAAAAUGCGCAAGCUCUGAGCUCGAGGCCUGAGUUUUACACUUUCCACAAAAUUGUAUCCAAUACGGCUGGUACUACAAUCGGAACUUCACCAUACAGCGAAUCACUGAAGAGACGCAGAAAAGGAGCUGCAUCGGCUCUGAAUCGGCCGUCCGUGGAAUCCUAUGUCUCACACUUGAACGUGGAAUCCAAAGCGUUUGUGUCAGAGCUUUUCAGGUAUGGAAAUGCCGGCAAAACACCAGUUGAUCCAAUGGCAAUGAUCCAACGCUUGAGUCUGAGCCUGGCUUUAACUCUUAAUUGGGGAGUACGCGUAUCAUCUCAAGAGGAAGACCUGUUCGAUGAGAUAACCCACGUCGAGGAAGAAAUUAGCAAAUUCCGGAGUACCACAGGCAACCUGCAGGACUAUGUCCCUCUCUUGCGUCUUAAUCCAUUCAACAAUAACUCCCAAAAGGCAAAGGAGAUGCGAGAUCGCCGUGAUAGAUAUCUCAAUUCUCUCAACCGUAAUUUAGACGACCGGAUGAGGAAAGGGGUACAUGAACCCUGUAUCCAAGCAAACGUGAUCCUUGAUAAGGAUGCUAAGCUAAAUUCAGAAGAGCUCACCUCUAUCAGUUUGACUAUGUUGUCGGGAGGGCUUGAUACAGUCACUACACUCGUGGCUUGGAGUAUCGGCCUUCUCGCCAAACGGCCAGAUAUUCAAGACAAGGCCGCAAAAGCCAUCCAAGAGAUGUAUGGCCAUGACCAGCCAAUGUGCGACGCCGCCGAUGACCAGAAAUGUGUAUACUAUACAGUUCUACGUUUAGCACUUCCCCGUACCUCAAUUCGAGAUAUCACUUACAACGGCACUGUAAUCCCUAAAGGAACCGUGUUUUUCUUAAAUUCAUGGGCCUGUAAUAUGGAUCCUGAAGUCUGGAGUGAUCCCGAUGAGUUCAGACCAGAGAGAUGGAUGGAACAACCUGAUGCGCCAAUGUUUACUUAUGGAAUGGGUUAUCGUAUGUGCGCAGGCUCACUCUUAGCAAACCGCGAGCUGUAUUUGGUGUUCAUGCGAACACUCAGCAGCUUCCACAUUCAGCCGUACGACGAUAUAGACUGGCAUCCUGUUAAUGGAAAUUCAGAUCCUACUAGUCUGGUAGCAAUUCCGAGGAGAUACAAGGUCAUGUUCAUCCCUAGGAAUGAAAAAGCGCUCUCCAAUGCUCUGGCUUGA